CUUCAAUCAACCAAACCCAACCCAACCCAACCCUCUCUCUCUCUAGCAAGAAUUAAAGCAAGAAAAUGAAAAUGAGCAGCAGCAGCAGCAGCAAUAGCAAGAGAAGAAUUUCGAGCAGAGGAAUUGCAGGAGUGUUGAGAGAGCAAAGAGCUCGACUCUACAUCAUCCGACGCUGCGUUGUCAUGCUGCUUUGCUAUCAUGAUUAAUUCAUGCCCCUUUUCCUUCUUUUUUUGGUUAAUUAGAGUGUAAAUAAAUAGAGAAGCUAGCUAGCGCCAAAAGAGGGAGACCAUAUAAUUACUUAAUCGGCACAGUUUUGGAGUAGUGUAAUCUACUAAUCUUGAUCUUGGCAUUUACAUAUAUGUGCCUUGUUGUAUACAAUUAUUAUCAUCAAAUAUGAAAGAUUGCUUUGAUUCAUCA